CCUUUUUCACCCUUUUUCUUUCUGCAACCUCUUGUGGUUGUGUAUCAUUCUACGUUGUUCGCAAGCUUUGAGUCUCAUUUCCGACAAAGUUUUCUUCUAUUUGUUUCUCGUCCUCGAGAUUAGAUACCCAUACUACGUUUCUCCACCGCUUUUCGACCCCGCCACCAUGGCAAGCAUACCAGUAAUUGUCAAGCAUCAGGGCAAGAAGUACGAUGUCGAACUCGAUCCUGCCUCCACCGGCGAAGUCCUAAAAUACCAGCUAUAUUCCUUGACUGGCGUCGAGCCAGAACGACAAAAGAUUCUGGUGAAGGGUGGCCAACUGAAAGAUGAUACGGAACUGUCCAAGCUCGGGGCAAAACCCGGCCAGACAUUCAUGAUGAUGGGUACUGCAGCUCAGGGCAAUGAGUUUCAACGUCCUGCAGAACCUAUCAAGUUCGUAGAGGACAUGACCGAAGCAGAGGCAGCUCAACAAGUUGGUGCCACGCCCGCCGGUUUGCAGAAUCUGGGGAAUACAUGCUAUCUGAACUCUACACUUCAAACACUACGAGCGGUUCCGGAACUACAACAGGAGUUGGUCAAAUACACUGCUGCUCCCACACCAGCUGGUGGUGCAGGCGAUCAAACGAACGAUUUCAGCAUGUUCGGACUCGGUGGUCUUGGAUCGGCUACGGAUCUUACUGCGGCCCUGCGAGAUCUCUACAAGCAGAUGGGUGAGACUCAAGAAGGCUUCCCUCCGCUCGUUUUCCUCAACGCGCUUCGAACUGCUGUCCCACAAUUCGCCGAAAUGUCAAAGUCUGGUCACGGAUAUGCACAACAAGAUGCCGAGGAGGCUUGGACGCAAAUCGUACAGCAAUUGCGACAGAAACUUAAGAUUAAGGAGCCUGCUGAAGGUAGUUCGGAAGCAAAGGACACCUCAUUCAUUGAUAAAUACUUCGCUGGCUCGUUUUCUACUAUCACCGAGUGUGACGAAGAAUCUGCUCGAGAGGCUGGUGAAGAAGCAGUCAAGGGCGAAGAUCCAUUCCUUAAGCUCGACUGCCAUAUCACUGCUUCGACGAAUCAUCUCAGAGAUGGUAUCUUGGCUGGCUUAGAGGAGAAGUUGGAGAAGAAAUCCGAGAUUCUCGACAGAGAUGCGGUAUACACCAAGAAAUCCAAGAUCUCACGUCUACCGAAAUACCUCACUGUCCACUUCGUUCGAUUUUUCUGGAAGAAAGAGGCGCAGAAGAAAGCCAAGAUCAUGCGCAAGGUUACCUUUCCGGAUGAGUUGGAUGUGGUUGAGUUUUGCACAGAUGAGCUCAAGAAGAUGUUGAUUCCUGUUCGUGAUAAGAUCCGAGAAGUUCGAAAGGACGAGGAGGAUGUUGAGCGUGCUCGCAAGCGACAAAAGCGUAUUCAUGACAAGGAAGUUGCUGACAAGGCCGCUGGUAUUGUUGAUUCUGUCUCCGAGUCCAAGAAGGCGGACGAGAAAAAAGAGGCAAAGAAGGAUGGCAAAGCUGCAGAUGGCGAUACUCCAAUGGAGGAUGUUGUCUAUAAGACAGAUGCCGAAGUCGAGGCUGAGCGAGCUGCCGCAAUUCUGGCUGCGAAGAAGGAAUUGCAUGCUCUCAUCAACCCCGAUCUUUUGAAGGAUGCAGGUGCCAACAAGUCUGGUCUUUACGAGCUCCGAGGUAUCGUCACUCAUCAAGGUGCCAGUGCAGACAGUGGUCAUUACACCUCCUAUGUCAAGAAGCUCGGCCCACUUGAUCCAAAGACCGGCAAGCGCGGUGAGGAGGACGGGAAAUGGUGGUGGUUCAACGAUGACAAGGUAUCUGAAGUUGAUGCCGACAAGAUCCUGACCUUGUCAGGAGGUGGCGAGUCUCAUUCUGCAUUGAUCCUUCUGUACAAGGCUAUUCCUGUGCCAGAUGCUGAAGGCAACUAUGAAUGAGCGAGCGGUUGAUGUAUGAAUGGGACGGAUGCAUGAUAAGGGCGCUUAGCUUUCUAGUGGUGGGUGGUUAGCUGCGCCAAAAGCAGUUCGAUGCAUAAUGAGACAUAGAUGACUUGGAGAAUUGGAGAAUGGUUGAACAGCAAUGAUAGACCUUGAUUCUUGCC